AUGUCCAAGCCACUCUCAUUCCUCGAGGUAAUCAAUAUCUGCGAUAAUUGUCGGGUAAAUCGACCUUCCCCUCUACCCGAUUCCUCUCCGUUCGAUCAAGAGAAACUUAUUCCAUGGUGUCUCUCUCCGAACCCCUCAAGUCCUGCCAUCGGACUCCUUAGACCAGUCAUUAUAGAUGCGCUGAGGCUUGAAAAUAAACACAGCAAAGAUUUGAACCAACCAGAAUUAUGGCACUUCGAUUUAGUAUCGAACAGACCACGAGUUACGUUCCAAGCGUGGGCGAACGGGGUGGCCAAACGAACAGCUGCUUUGAAGGAAUUGUGUGAGCGAUGGAGAGAUACUGGACUGUUUUCGGACAUCUGUGGACCGACGAAGUGGAGGGCAGAGAUGUAUCCCGUCUAUCGAGACCCUUUGGCUGUUCACGAUUAUCCUGCGCCCGGUCAAGGAGAGGAAGAAAUGGGGAACUUGAAUUACGCCUUUGAGAUGGAGCGCUCCGCAUGUGCUCUUUUCGGUGUCGUUACUUAUGGGGUACAUAUGUCGGCGUUUAUGAGAGACGUGAAGGGAGUGGGGUUGCGAAUUUGGGUACCAACACGAGCCAAAACAAAGCAAACCUUUCCUGGUCUUUUAGAUAACACGGUAGCGGGGGGUAUCCCGAGUGGCAUGGGGGUCUUCGAGUCUAUGGUUAAAGAAUCCAUGGAAGAAGCCAGUAUCACCGAAGAAGUGGUUAGAAAGUACACCAAAGCAUGUGGCUCCAUCAGCUACUUCUUCAGAACUUCCAAGGGCUGGCUACAACCUGAGAUCGAAUACGUAUUCGACUUGGAAAUACCUUCUUCAGACCCGGGCUUGUUCCAACCAAAGCCAUCCGACGGAGAAGUGGAGUUCUUUGAGCUUCUGGACCAGGUCGAGGUCAUUGAGAGGAUGAAGGCGGGCCUAUUCAAGCCCAACUGUGCUUUGGUUAUUAUCGAUUUGCUCAUAAGAUACGGUUUCAUUACUCCUGAUAAUGAGCCAGACUACCAGAAGAUUAUCACUCGCUUGCACGGCCAAUUCGACUACGACUUCUGGUGA